CUCCGAGGGAAGGGAAAGGAAGGGCGGCCAUGGCCGGGCCGGGGGCGGACAUCGGGGCCGUCCUCGCCCAGGUUCAAGAAGAUCUCCAGCAGCUGAAGGAGAAGCUGCGCGGCAUCAGCCAGGGCUGGGAAGUCGUGGACGCGGGAAGCCUUGAAGCCGCUAUUGAAAGAACGGAGAGUGGGUUGAGGAAACAUGCUGAGAAGUAUUUAAACGUUGUAAACACAUCCGUGUUAACUCUUUCGCCGUCCGAAAGCACAGGCCUGUGUUCAAGACAGAUUUCCAAAUGGGGGAUCCCUGUGGAGGCAUCGCAGAAAGAGAUUGUUUUCCCCAAGACACCGUCCGUUUCCACCCAACGUGGCGCCUCCCUGCCACACGUGUCUUCAAGUUCAAAGCAGGUGCUGUCCAGGAUGCUGAAAAUCCUGUACGACCCGCAAAACACCCAGUACCGGAAGGUUCUAAAUCAGAGCUACGGAGUCGAGAUGCCUCUUGUGAGUCAGCGGAAAAUGGCUCUUGGGUCUCCUCAGAAGGUCGCCAAGGGCGUCACCGUGGGCAACCUCUCAGUGGCUCCGCCUUCCUUCCAUUUGCACAGUUCGUGCUCGGUGUUGCCUCUCACCAAAAAGGAUGCUCAGAAAGGGAUCCUGAGUCUAAUCGAAAGGGGCCUGAUCCCACGGGCUGCCAGGAUCACUCUGGAGAAACCCCUUGUUCUGCCCAAGCCGGCUCCUCUCCAUGAAUUUCGCACCAAGCACCAGAAACGAAGCACAGACGGAAGUGCGGAACGCAAGAAGAAGGAGAUGCCCCUGGGCCCUCCCCACAGCCCCACCAGCAAAGGCACCAAGGGCAGCAUCGCCCCGCCCCCCUCCUGCAUCUCCAUGGCCUCCCUCAAGAAACCCAAGCUCAUCCCGCCCAUCCAGAAGCGGGAGCAGACCGUGACCCCGGUCAGCCUGCCCAAGAUGCUGGCAUUGACGCCGACUGAAGCUUUCGAGGGUUUGCCGGUGGAAUUUGAUAUUCUGAUCCACAAGGGAAACUUAGACCAUCAGGCUUCCGAUCUUGUGGUGUUCCAGAGGCACUGCUGUUUAUUCUGGGGGAGCGCCCUUUCCUUCCUAGAACGCCUCGCCCGCCUUCUGAAAGAUUACGCCGUGCCUUCAGCCAUCGUCAAGGGGAAGAAGGUGAUGGAGCUCCUCUCAGAUUUCGAGUUUCAUCAGAGGCCGACCAGGGAGGAGCUGCUUUCCGUGAUCAAGAACAAGGAGGUAGUCCGGAAGCUCUUAAACCGACCUGGCCAGAGGUACAAAGGUCAGAACGGCGUCCAGGCAGCAGCCACCAAGAUCCAGGCCACGUGGCGGUGUUACAGGUUCAGGAAAGCCUACAUCGAUUUCCGGCGGAGGCAGUGGGCCUCUGGGGUGGUUGCUCUCUCAUGGCUGGUGCGCAUGCACAUGGGCCGGGUCCGGAAGACCCUGCGGGAAUCGCGACAGAAACACCUGGAGAACUUCUGCCUCCGGGCCAAGCAUCUGGCCGCCAACUGGUAUCGCAUCAGGACCUCUAAGCGGACCGUUAUCCAUAUCCCGUCAUUAGGGCAUGCUCAGUAUGUUCGAGAAGCAACUCCUGAUUUCGCUAUUCAUCAGAGUUUGCAGAUUGGGAGGCUCUGCGAAAUACGAGACCCGAAUGUGGACGUCAUCUACAUUUGCCCCCUUCAGCUGAGCGAGGAGUUACUGCGGUAUUACCAUAAGCUAUUAGGCCUCCAGGCAGCUGUUAGAUCCGGGGACCCGGAGGACAUCGCUGACCUGCAGGACAGGUUCAGAAUUCUCACCCCCGAAGCCAUAAACAGCUUCCCCCGCCGACCCAUGGCCCUGGCCACCUUCCUAAAAUACAGCCCCAAGACCAUUCAGAGGAUCCGCAAUCUCAUCCGGGGCAAAGAGGCCUACAUCGUGGGCGGGCUCCUGAAUCAAGACGACGUGGAAGUGGCCGACAUGUUAGACGUGCCCGUUUUGGGGCCCAACCCGGAAGUGGCUCAGCUCUACAGUUCGAAGUCGGGAAGCAAAAGGGUCUUUGCUGCGGCCGCCGUGCCGAUGCCGCCUGGUCAACACGACAUCUACAACAGGCAACAGAUGGUUGAAGUCUUAAGCCAGCUGAUUGUUGACUACUUAGAAGUGAAACGCUGGAUUUUCAAAGUGGAUAAUGACUUUGGGGGGAACGGCACGGCCUACUGUGACGUCACCGCACACCUCAAAUGCUACCCGUGGGUCCGGAAGGAGAGCCGAAGAUACGGCCCCGAGGCCUGGCGGAAGAAAUGGGCGCAAGAACCAGCUUUGGCGAAGAUCUCCCAGGAGCUGCCGGGCCUUUUAGCACAGCACGCGCAGGCUGUCAAUGAGAAACGAUUUCCUACAUGGGGAAAAUUCCUCCAAACGUUUGUGAGUCAAGGUGGGAUCAUAGAAGCUUUCCCACCCUCCGACAGCGUCACCAACCUCACAGUGGAUAUGCUGAUAGAGCCGACGGGCGAGAUCACCAUGGUUUCUUCGGGAGACCAGAUCCACGCUGACGGUCCCUUGCGAUCAUCAGGUUCCACCUUCCCGCAGGCCUCUGUUGAACCCGGGGUCCUGAACUCGCUGUGCGUGAAGAUUGGAGAGGCCUGCAAAGCCAGAGGAGUGGUUGGAUACUUCUCCAUCGACUUUGUGACGUUCAUCCAUCCCCAAACUAUGGGCCAGCAGGUGUGGGCUAUAGACCUGGAUCUCCGCUACAGCGACCACCUGGCUUCGACGCAGGUCUUGCUCUAUGUAACCAACGGGAAGCUGGACAGCCGGUCAAGUCGCUUCGAGAUACAACUGGCUCCCAGGAAAGUCAAGUUCUGGCAAGUCCAGAAGGAAGAGCCCCAAACUGCUUCCGUGGCCAGUCGCUACGUUGUCAUGAGCAGUUCGAUGAGGCACACGAGCCUUUCCUUCAUCUACUACAGUGUUUUUCUCCAGAUGUGCAAGGCUCAUGGGAUUGGAUAUGACAUCCAGGAACAACAAGGAACAAUUUUUACAAUUUUCGAAGACCGGAACAGGCACAGAUUUGGAAUGCUAACAAUUGGAGAACAUCUCCAGGGGGUCCUGAUGACCUUUGCCCACCAUCUCUUCAUCAUCUAUCAAGAAUUAUCAGCACCUAAUAUGCAUGCCGAGACCAAUUUUAAGGGUGCAGUCCAAGAUAUUGAAACCAUCUUGGGAGUUGCGGAACAAAACAAGCUGCAGUUUGAAGAAGAGGAACAGGAGGCCUCCAAAGCACAGGGUCUCACGAAAUAGAUAGUUAAACAUCUGCUCUUUUCCGCAAGCCACAUCUCUUUUCCGCAUCUUCAUUACGUUGCCAGAGCCAAACUGCAGUAAAUACUUGUCAAGCAACAAAUAGCGUUUGGGACUUUUGGAGAACCAUCUUUGCAAAAGAUAUAUGGAUGCCA